AUGGGGGUCAUUGUAAAGGGAAUGUGCUGCAAACAAAGACCUCACAAACAAGAAUUCUUACAAAUUAUCACAGCAAAUCUUUGUCCUUCAGGAAUUCCACUGCUUGACAAACUUGACAAAGAGUCACCAUCAUUCUGCUCAUCUUCAGCAUUUGUAUCAGAAGAGGAAGAAGGGGAAGAGAUGGGUGAAUUAUUUGAAGACAUGAUAACAUCACCAUCAUUCUCCUCAGAGCUAUCCUCUCUGACAUGGGAAGAUGACUCAUUCUCACUUCUUAAAUCAAUUCUCUGCAAAAGAAUCUUUGAAUUCAGUGCUGUUCAAUUCUUCAAGCUGAUAGAGCUCUUUAUCAUGAUGUGCAAUCUUAACACAAUACAGACCAAGUCAUCAAAAUUGAAGAGUCUUGCUUCUUGA